GGACAAUCAAAGCUCUGAAGGUGAAGGUUCAGAGGACAGAAAAAAUGACGGAUGCUGAGUGGGCCAAACACCGGAAGAACGACAAACCGGAAAAAUUGUCGGAAGAAGAGUGAGAGGAUUUGAAAGACAUGGCAACAAGUACAAUAUGCCUAUGCCUUGCAAAUAAUACUCUUCGGGAGGUUCUCGGUUUGACGGACCCGGUGGAUAUUUGGGACAAGCUGGAGAGCCGGUACAAGUCGAAAUCGUUGACAAGUAGGCUAUACUUGAAGAAACGAUUGUUUGGUCUCCAAAUGGCGGAGGAAGCUAACUUUAAUGGACACUUGGAUGAAUUCAACAAGAUUACAACAGAGUUGGAAUCCAUUGAUGUGAAGAUUGAAGAGGAGGACAAGGCGCUGCUUUUGUUGGCUUCAUUGCCUUCAUCUUUUGACAACAUCGUGACCACGCUUUUGUUUGGAAAAGAAACCUUAAAAUUUGAUGAAGUAGUUGCUGCGUUGUUGAUGAACGAGACUCGGCGGGGUGGCAACGGGGUAUCAAAUGACGUUAAGGAACAAUUUGAUACGUAUCAAACUUGUGAUGGGGGUGCUGUGAAGAUGGCAAAUGGUGCACGGAGCAAAAUUGCAGGGGUCGGAACAGUGCAAGUUCGCAUGUUUGAUGGCAUGGUGAGAACAUUAACUGGAGUGAAACAUGUACCAGAAGUUGUCAGAAGGAAAAUUUACAAGUGCAACGAGCGGAGAUUUGCAUGGAAGAAGCGGGUGACAUUUGAAGCUUCUCAAGUUGGUGGAGAUUGUGACCUCGCCGGAACGAGCGGGGUGGAGCCGGACCAUGGACUUGAGAUGCCUUCUACGACCCAACCUCGAUGCUUCCCUACGACGAAAAAAGAGCUUGCAACCUUGGUCGACGCCCUCAAAUAGUGUUUUUCCCCGAAGUAGCUGAGGAGUAUUAGUUAUGCAUCCAAAAGGUCUUGCUGAAGCAAUUUGACACAAAAGAUCUUGCUGGAGAAAUUUAAAAGACUUGCUGCAUAUGAUUUUUUUUGUUUUUGUUUUUGGCAGUACUAUGUAAUGAACUUGUACCAGUUUU